AUGUCUAUUCCAGCAACUCAAAAGGCCGUCAUCUUUGAAACCAACGGUGGUCCAUUGUUGUACAAAGACAUCCCAGUUCCAAAGCCAAAGCCAAAUGAAUUGUUGAUUAACGUCAAGUACUCUGGUGUUUGUCACACCGAUUUGCACGCUUGGAAGGGUGACUGGCCAUUGGCUACUAAGUUACCAUUGGUUGGUGGUCACGAAGGUGCAGGUGUUGUUGUCGCCAUGGGUGAAAACGUCAAGGGCUGGAAAGUUGGUGAUUACGCCGGUGUUAAGUGGUUGAACGGUUCUUGUAACUCUUGUGAAUACUGUCAAACUACAAAUGAACCAAACUGUCCUGAUGCUGAUUUGUCUGGUUACACCCAUGAUGGUUCUUUCCAACAAUACGCCACUGCUGACGCUGUUCAUGCUGCCAGAAUCCCUCAAGGUACUGACUUGGCUCUUGUUUCCCCAAUCUUAUGUGCUGGUAUCACUGUUUACAAGGCCUUGAAGACUGCUAACUUGAAGGCUGGUCAAUGGGUUGCCAUUUCUGGUGCUGCUGGUGGUUUAGGUUCUCUUGCUGUCCAAUACGCCAAGGCAAUGGGUUACAGAGUUGUUGGUAUCGAUGGUGGUUCUGAUAAGGAAGAAUUUGCCAAGUCUUUGGGUGCUGAAGCUUUUGUUGACUUCACCAAGGUUAAAGACAUUCCAGCUGAAAUCCAAAAGAUCACCAAGGGUGGUCCACAUGGUGUUAUCAACGUUUCUGUCUCUGGUGGUGCUAUGCAACAAUCUAUUGACUACGUUAGACCAACUGGUACUGUUGUUUUGGUUGGUUUGCCAGCUGGUGCAUCUGUCAAUGCUCCAGUUUUCAGUUCCGUUGUUAAGUCUAUUAGCAUUAGAGGUUCUUAUGUUGGUAACAGAGCUGAUUCUGCCGAAGCCAUUGACUUCUUCACCAGAGGAUUGAUCAAGUGUCCUAUCAAGGUUGUCGGUUUGUCUGAAUUGCCAGAAGUUUAUGAAUUGAUGGAACAAGGUAAGAUCUUGGGUAGAUACGUUGUUGACACCUCCAAAUAA